AUGCAGGUCCAAGAUGACCUCGCAACCCUCUUCUCCCGCAACCUAACUCUCAACCCUGAAGUUCAACCCAAAGUAGAAGAAGAAGUAAAGCAGUCCCCGGACCUGGCCCUCGCCAGUCCCUCUCCAACUCCGGCCCCCAUCAUUUACUCCAUCACCCAACACUACACCCAUUCCGCCCACGUCGUCCGCCAGCAGCAAGCUCAAGAAGCCCCCAUUCAGCGUCCCUCCUCCGAGCCUCCUCAGACUGAGCAGCUGACUCCCGAGGCUGUCCUCAGCCAGCAAGGCGUCGACCCUUCAGUCCUCUCUCCUUCUCAGAUUCAACUUUUCCGAAUUUCCGAAGAACCCCACCAGUUGCGGCUCAUUGAGAUAUGGCGCGCCGCACCGCCCACCUCGAGCACAGAAAAUCCUUCGCUGGCAUGGACGAGCACAACUCUAGAGCAAGAGGAGCAGCUCGCAAGACUCCGGUAUGAGCGCAUGGAGGCGGAGAAGCAGCAACAGGAACAGCAGCAGCAGCAGAACGCCGUCAUGAGCCUUGACGGCACCCAAGUCCAGUCAGACGACAGCCGCUGGCUGGCAAGUUCCAUUACCCAGCAUGUCGAGCCAUAUAUGAUGUCCGGUUACGAGGAGCUCAUGCGUCGUGAGUACGAGCGCGAGCAGGCCCAGACCUCCCCCCCUAGCAACUACUCCCACUACGGCUCUGCCGUGGUCGGCAGCAGCUAUAAGCCGGCCACCGACCCCGUCUACAAGGGCUUUGGCGACGACUGGGCCCGGGAGCAGAGCCUCCAGAUGCAGAUGCAAAUGGAGAACCAAUAUGGUGCGUUCCAGCACUAUGGAGGCGGUAACAUCGAGGCCAUGGAAAUUUGA